UUUUAUUUUUAUUAAAUAACUUGCUUAAAACGUAGAAUUCCUAUGAAGUGCGUUGUGUUUAUGUUUUUCGGUCGCCGUUUUACAACACUAAUCCAACGAAUCGGCCUACCAGACCGGCCGCUGCAGUGUUGCCAGACAAGUGCACUAAGUAGCUAAUAAACAAAAGCACAAAACAAUAAUGCCGGCCGCUUUUGUAGACUUUCAAUGCGGUAGGACUAUAGAUUGCAAACAGGGCGCUGUGCGUGCCGUACGCUAUAAUGUUGAUGGUUCCUAUUGCUUGAGCUGUGGCUCCGACAAAAAGGUCAAGCUGUGGAAUCCAGCCUCUGGGCUCUUGCUGAAAACCUAUGGCGGUCACGCUGAUGAAGUUACCGACGUUUCAGGAAGCUGUGACAGCAAUCAUAUCGUCUCAUCCAGUUUGGACAGAAGCAUCAUCUACUGGGAUGUCUCGACCGGAUUGCCGGUGCGCCGUUUACGGAGCCAUGCGGGCGGCGUGAGAUGCGUGCGCUUCAAUGAGGAUUCAUCCAUUGCCAUAUCUGGAGGACGCGACAAUGCGGUUAUGUGCUGGGACAUACGCACACGGCGAUUGGAGCCGGUGCAGGUGAUGAAGGAGGCUCGUGAUUGCAUCACAACUGUUUUAACAAAUGAUCACAAGAUUUUCGCCGCCUCAUUGGAUGGCUGUGUGCGUCAUUAUGACAUACGUGUUGGCGAAAUGACCUGCGACAAAAUAGGUGAACCCGUCACCUAUUUGGCCCUUACACGGGAUGAGCAGUGCCUGGUGGCCGGCUGCCAGGAUAGCGUGGUGCGUUUGCUGGAUUGCUCUACCGGCGAGCUGUUAAACGAGUACAAGGGACACCAGGCGGACGACUAUCACAUAGAGUGCGGCAUUAUGGCGAGCGAUGCCCAAGUUGUGGCUGGAUCAAGCGAAGGAUGUGCUUACGUUUGGGAUCUUCUCGAAGGCAAAGUGGUGCAGCGCAUUACCAUCAGCGAUAAUGGCGGGGUAGUGCAUUCUCUGGCCACACACCCAAAGCGACAGGAGUUGCUAUUUGCAAGGCGGCGUGAUAUUUACGUGUAUUCGACGGACGUAGAGAUUAUUGUAGAAGAAAUUUAAUUAUAUGUAAUCGUAAUUUAGACUUGACAUUAACAGCGGAGAGCCGGCGACGACAAUUUUGUUUUACGUUCUCUACAUACUUAUUAUGAAGUCCUGGGCGCAAUCGUUUGUUAAUUAGAGCGCGAAUUAGGGGGUUUAUGUAAGAAUAACAUUUAAAACAUUUGUCUGAUGGUUAGCAAUAAACUUUAUUCGUUAUAUGUAGAAUACUAUA